AGUGAGACAGUGUAUGUUUUCAUAAAUUCAUUAAAUUAUUCGAAAAUAUAAUGUCGUGGAUAAAGGAGCGCACUUUGAAUUGGUUUCAAUUUUUGGCUGCGAAGAUUAUGAGAAUUGGCCAUGUGCCCAGGCAUGUAGCGUUUAUAAUGGAUGGCAAUAGACGUUAUGCAAAUAAGAAACAUGUGGCAAAAGUAGAGGGACACACAAAGGGGUUUAACAUGUUAGCAGACACGUUGAGUUGGUGCACGGAUCUUGGUAUUACAGAAAUGACGGUGUAUGCUUUCAGCAUAGAGAACUUUAAACGUAACAAAGAGGAAGUUGAUGCACUUAUGGAGCUUGCCAAACAAAAAUUUGAGCGUCUCUUAGAAGAGAAGGAUAAACUGAUGGAGCGUGGGAUAUGCGUUCGUAUAAUCGGCAAUUUGUCAUUAAUUCCAGAAGACAUAUGUAAAUUAAUCGCUAAAAUUAUGACGAUCACUAAAGAUAAUAAUAAAGCAUUUUUAAAUAUUGCUUUCGCUUAUACAUCAAGAGAUGAAAUCACCUGUGCAAUUAAGGAUAUAGUUAAAGGUGUAAAACAUAAUGAAAUUGUACCGGAAGACAUCAAUGAAGACCUCAUUUCUAACUGUUUAUAUACUUACAAUUCUCCAGAUCCUGAUUUAUUGAUUCGCACCUCAGGAGAAGUCAGACUCAGUGACUUCCUCAUGUGGCAAAUCUCCGAUAGUUGUGUCUACUUCACUAAUGUAUUGUGGCCCGAGUUCACCAUAUGGGAUUUUCUUAGUGCAAUUUUAUAUUAUCAGAGGUGUUACUCUGAUUUGCAAAGAGUUGCAAGAAUACAAAAUUCAAAAUCAAUCACGCAUAACUACAGAGCGUUUACAUAUGUAAAUAAGUUGCAUCAUGAACGUCAGGUUAUGAUUAAAAAUAUGUACCUUUCAGCAGUUCAAUCAUAAAAAGAAAGACUUUUGGAAGAGCGCUACAUAUUCCUGUGAGUACAAUUAUCAGUCAAACAUGCUGAGGAACUGGUAGGUGUAUGUAUAAAUGCAUAUGUGUGUGAUACAUACACAUAUUAUUUCAAAUUAAUUUGUCAGAAUAAUAUAAUUUAUUGUUCUCUCAAUUUUUAUGGACAUAAACUCUAUCACAUAAAAUUCCUAGAUAUAUAAUUUAUCAACUUAUUGGUGUGUACAC